UGCUAUCAUCUUUCUAUCCCCACGCCUCAGUCUGCCCAGCUAUGGCAAAGUCAGAGAACAUCCAGAACCAGAAGCCCACCCUAGAAGAAGGGUUAUUUGGAAGCCUUCCCAAAGAAAAGAAUUGUAGUGGAUUCGAUCUUCUGUUCUAUCAAGGUUUCUGGUGUCUUGAGAGCAUCAUUGAGAGCGUUGUUUCCUGUCAACAGCAUUUCCAGGCACAUAAAACUGAUACGAUCUUAGCUUCCUUCCCAAAAUGCGGCACCACCUGGUUGAAGGCCCUCAUCUUUGCCGUAGCCAACAGAAGCAAGCAUCCCCUCAUAGAGAGCCCGCUGCUCUCAGCUAACCCCCACGCUCUUGUUCCUUUUCUUGAGUCCCAAAUCUACCGAAAGCCUCCUCCCUUUAAUCUCCAAGACAUUCCCAGCCCAAGAAUUCUUUCCACUCACUUGCCUUACUCUGCACUGCCCGCCUCCAUCAAAACUAAUUCCAAAUGCAAGCUUGUCUAUAUAUGCAGAAAUCCCUUGGACCAGUUCAUCUCCAACUGGCACUUUGCAUCCAGUCUCCAGUCCAGGAAUCACUACUCCAUCUCACUGGAUGAGUGGUCCAAAAAGUACUGUAUUUCUGGGAUUACCCCUUUUGGCCCUUUCUGGGAUCAUAUGUUGGGAUAUUGGAAGGCCAGCCAAGAGAAGCCGGGCCAAGUUCUGUUCUUGAAGUACGAAGACUUGAAGGAAGAUGAUGUGUUUUACGUUAAGAAGCUGGCCGAGUUCUUGGGGGUUCCAUUUUCAACGGAGGAAGAAAGGGACGGGAUGCCUGAACAGAUAUCCAGGCUGUGUAGCUUUGAGAAUUUGAAAGAUUUGGAAGUGAACAAGAGUGGCAAAUUUGAUGAUCAUUUUCCCUUCGAUAUCGAUAACAAAGCAUUUUUCAGGAAAGCAAAGGUUGGAGAUUGGUCCAAUUAUCUUUCUCCGUCCGUGGCCGAGGCCCUGAAGAAGCUUAUCCAUGACAAGUUUGAGGGUUCUGGUUUAACCUUCAAAACGUCCUAAUAAUAUUUAAUUUAUUGUCUUUACCUUCAAAUAAGAUGGGUUCUGCUUGUGGCCAUUCACGAAAUUCUUAGUUAAAUUUCAUAGAUACAUAUAUAUAUAUAUAUGGUCAUUUUCCCAAGUUUCUACCCCUUCUUUGAGUGUGCUUUGCUCAAGAAUUUGGCAGUGUUGUAAGAUUUUUCCCAAUUCUGA